AUGAUGGAUCCCGAGGAGGCGGAGCUUCAGAAUGACUACCGUUACCGUAGUUACGCAGCGGUUAUUGAGAAGGCGCUGCGGAACUUCGAGUCAUCCACUGAGUGGGCUGACCUCAUCUCCUCUCUAGGAAAACUCAACAAGGCUCUCCAGAGUAAUCUGAAGUACUCUCUGUUGCCAAGGCGGUUGAUCAUUGGCAAGCGUUUGGCUCAGUGCUUGCACCCCGCCCUUCCCAGUGGAGUUCAUCUUAAAGCACUGGAGACUUAUGAGGUCAUCUUCAAAAUCAUUGGCACAAAAUGGCUGGCCAAGGACCUCUUCAUCUACAGCUCUGGGCUGUUUCCACUGUUGAGUCAUGCAGCGAUGUCGGUAAAGCCAGCUCUGUUGACGCUGUACGAGCGUUAUUUCCUCCCCCUUCAGAGGGCACUGCUCCCCAGUCUUCAGGCCUUUGUCAUGGGCCUCCUGCCGGGUCUAGAGGAAGGCCUGGAGGUGUAUGACAGGACGGAUGCACUGUUACUGAAGUUGUCUAUGUUGGUGGGUCAGCGUGUCUUUUAUGGUGCUUUGUGGGGAUCAGUCCUUGUGUGUCCACUGAUUCGACUUCCAGCUUCUCUCUUCAUCAUCACACACUUUGACCGCAUGGCCUCUGGCCGGGAGCAGAGAUACAUGCUGGGUACAGACCACCGUCUUGUGGUGAAGUCAAUUUGUCUGUCUCUGCAAGAUUGUAAUGUUCUGGUCCAGAGAAACAUGCUGGAGAUCCUACUCUACUUCUUCCCUUUUGUCACCUGCCUGGAUCCUGAGGGGGGCGCUGUUCCGAUAACCCGAGAAGAGAUGAUCACUGUGGUGUCUGCAGCCUCGCUCACACUGCUCAGGAGAGACAUGUCACUGAAUCGCCGACUCUAUGCAUGGAUGCUAGGCACUGACAUUAAAGGAGGCAUGGUGGCUCCAGAUCCAAAUUUGUCAUCCACUAUUGAGGGGCACACAGCAUUCUACUUCAACACGUACUCCAGAGGACUACUCCUGCAGGCUCUUGUUAACAUUUUGAAGAGGGAGAACACAGAAGGAGACCCAGAGAGUGUUAUGGAGUAUCUUAAGCCAUUCCGCAUUAUCAUCAGCCUGCUUGACAAACCAGAGAUCGGCCAGGUGGUGUUGGCAGACGUGUUGUUGGAGGUGGUCAGGGCAUUCUACAGUUACUGCAGAGAGACACUGGGAGAAAACAUGCUCAACUGCAGCCUCUCCGGCCACCAACUCAACAUUAAGAUAAAGGAGAACAAAAGUACAUCAGAGAUUAUAAAGACUUUUAACAUGCUAGUUGGUGCCAUGGGCACCCAGUACCUGUGGAACUACAUGUCCGCAUGCUUCCUCACCUGCCUUAGUUCACCAGGUGACCCAGAUGUAACAACACCGAAGACAAACUGCAGUGUCCGGCCCACUGUGUCUGAGCUCUCCACCCUCAUCAUCUUUCUUCUGGAUGUUAUUUCCAUGGAGCUGUAUACUGAGAUCCAAACACAGUACCUACCCCAGAUGUUGGGUCUCAUGCUGCAGGGUCUGCGUGAUCACAUGACGUCCAUCAGCUUGUCGGAGUUGACACAAGGUCUGAGGGCAUGUUUUAAGGUGCUCAGUAAGAUCCAGAUGCCUGUGACUUAUAUGGACGUGGGGGCGGAGCUUAACGACGAACUCACAGAGGCAAGAUUCCAACAGUUAUCUCAGAAGGGGAAAAAUGAAAAGACAGAAGAUGAAGGAACUGACCAGACGGAUAGUAACCAGGACAUUCAUCAUGAUGAAGCAGCUGUGAAUGGGCAGGCUGAACAGGAGGCGGAGCCUGGAGAGGUUUUAGUCCCGCCUCUGCGUUCUGAAGACAGCGGACUGGGUCUGAGUGCUUCACCCUCUGAACAGCACCUCCACCCUACGUCCGGUUUCCCGGAUGAUCCUUCAACAAAGGACUCAGAGAAAGAUGAUUCAUGGAGGAGAGGAGGGAGUAUGGAAAGCAUGAGGACAUGUAUGCAGGACAUACUCACUUCUUUGAUUACCAGGUACCUGUUACAGGUGGUAGAUCCGGAGAGAGAAGGACAGGAUGGCUCAUGUGUGCCCAGCCAGAGUGCUCUCUCUGAGAGGAAGAGGAGCUCUGUGUCUGGGCGUAAGGAGAGCAGAGAGUUGUCCAUCCCGCUCAUUAAAGACCGACUGGCAGGGUUCUUCACCCCAAACAAACUCAGGCCUUCAGACCAGGACGGUGCACCAAUGGAGAGCCAGAAAGGACAGCAGCAGGGGUGGAUAGAGGGGUAUGUGUCGCGGGGGAAGGGGGAAAUUUCAGAAGACUGUAGACAGAGUUUCACCGCUGUCUGCCACCUCCUGCUGGAGUGCACUACUUUCCCCAUCUACCUGACAGAAGAGGAGAGCAAACAGCUAUAUAUUAGCUUGUUCAGCAAUACUGGGGAGACUGUCUCCCUGCCUGAGUGGCUGAGGACCUUUAUGGCACUGUGUUGCUUGUGUAAGGAUCACCAGGUGCAACAGGUGGCCAUUUCCUCUCUGCUGGAGUUGGUUAAUCAUUCUCAGUCGUUAGCUCUGGUCAUUAAGGACAAAUUUCAGCGUCACAGUAGCUCCAACAUGAACCCCCUCAGUGGGCAACUGCAGAUGGUAACUCUACCCCCCAUCUGCCCAGCUCUCCUCAGGGCCAUGGAGGAGCAGACAGAUUUUUACCAGAGGCUAGCACAUGGCCUGUGGGCUCAGUUGGAUACAGAGCGUAGGGAACACCACAUAUCAUGUGUUGAACUCUUCUACCGUCUGCACUGUCUGGCUCCAUCUGCAGCCAUCUGUGAGGACAUCAUCUGCACGGCCUUACUGCACAGAGACAAGAUGGUGCGUCUGGAGGCUCUCCACAAGUUCUCUCUUCUGUGGCAUCUGACUCGUGAGAUUCAAAACAAUCGAAGCUCAUCCCACAAGCGUUCCUUUGACAGGUCUCUGUUUGUGGUGUUGCAGAGUCUGAGUAGUCAGGAUGGUAGUGUAAGUGCCUCAGGACAGAGCUGGCUGUUGAGAGCUCUCUCUCUCAGUGACGUUGUCCGAAUACUAGAACCUGUCCUGCUCUUACUGCUGGACCCAAAAACCCAGAGAACAUCCAUCCAGACUGUCAAACACAACUUGUCUCUGGGUAAUUUAGAUGUGUUGACCUGGAGAGACAAGUCCAGCACAAAGAGCACUGCUCUCCGCGGACAUACCAUGUCGCUGGGUAACCAGCAAGAGGAAAGCCUUGCGACUCUGUUUGACCGUGAGGCAUUGUGGGCAGAGCUGGAGAGCACGCCGAAUCAGUGCGAAACGCCGCCUGACUCCAGGGAACUAUCUCGAAGUGAAAGCGAGGAGACGGAGGGGGAGGAGGAAAAGGAGGAGGAGGAAAGCGAGCACACCGAGUCGGCCGAUACGAGCGGAGCUCAGCUCUCCACCGAAAACUCCAGCUCCAGCUCCGUCCUUUACCUUCAGACCCGCCCGGGCGGAGCCAACGAGGAGGAGCUGGGUGUGGCCAACGGCCUUCACCGUACCGACUCGGAGCAAACGCAGGCGUCCGACUCGCUGUCGAGCGACGAGGACGACAGGCAGUUAGAGGCGAUGGCUCGUUCCCGUCGUUUGAAACAGCGGCGCGAGAGACAAGAGGCCGUGGACUCGCUGUUCCGCCACGUCCUGCUCUACCGGCAGUCGUACGAGUGUGAGCGGGUCCUCUGCGGGUUCUCCAUUCUGGAGACGCUGCUGCGAAACACGGCUGGACCCUUCAUAGACGCUCUCGCCAGCACGGAGCUGGAUUACAGCUCCACCGCACAUCUCAACCUCAUCCAGAACCUUCUACACAGACACCGCCAAGCACAGGAGGGCAACAGCUUCUACGGCCCGCUUCAGAGCAACACACCCCCUCAGUCAGCCCACUCGCCCUCCUCUCCUUCCUGCCCUCCACCUCCUCCUCCUCAACCGUCGCUUCUUUUGGAACUCCUCGUCUCUCUUUGCCUACAUUUCCUGUGUUCGUUCUACCCCUCCUACGCAGGCGUGCCCAACCGCUAUCUCCACGGUAACCGUGAAGUGCAGGUGAAAAGCGUGGAGGUGCUGACGUGUGUGGUCACACAGCUGGUCAAUGUAGCUCAGACAUGCAGUGCAGGCAGUGUUAGACUGGAUACCAUCAACAGGUUGCUGAGUAACUGUAAGGUGCAGCAGUAUGUGUUGCUCUCCCUCUCAGCCUCUAUGUACGCGUGUCAGAAGCCGGCACGAGCAGGAGAAAUGGAGAAAGAGGAGGAGUGUGCGGAGGAAGGAGAAGCUCAUAUUUCAGAGGAGAGUUUGGUAAAUCUGGGACGCUGUUACCCCUUUGUGGAGCACCCUCUCCAACUGGCGCUGCUCAAACUUCUCCAGGCGCUGAUUGUGUUGGAGCAUUGUGUGUGCGCGCCGCCCGGCAACGGCAGCAGCCACCACCAGCGACCGGACACCGCCAGCGAAGUUUCCACGGCGACGUCCUCCCUCGCUCGCGAGUGGCAGAGUGCACAAAUGUUCCAGCAGGCGAUUCGUGCACCGCGCUAUGUGCCGAAUCAGCCAAUCACUGCUCAGGGCAUGUUUGUGGCAGCGGCAGUCCAGGCUCUGUGCCCGCAGUACGGCUGUGCCAUGCACCCUGCUUGGGUGACACUGCUGAGUGCCACUUUGCCGUAUCUGGGCAGAUCGCUGGGCAUCAUCACUGCACCUGUACUUUCGCAAAUAUGUCAAAACCUCAACGAACUCAUCAAACAGCAUGAACAUGACGGGAUCAAGUCUACGUAUAGUCCUAAUCUGAGAAGAGAGAACAUUGCACCUGAUUAUCCUCUGACUCUGCUGGAAGGACUGACCACCAUCACACACUUCUGCCUACUGGAGAAAAAGAAGCCUGCGGGUGCCUUUGAUGCUGCAGACAUAAGGAACGCCUCUAAUGCCAUCCUGGAGGAGUUGCCGCGGAUACUCAAUACCAUGUCUUUACUGUGGAGUGUGGUCAGGACCUCUGACUCUGUCCACAGUAAUAGACCCACGCCUGCAUCUGUGUACUUUAAGAACUCCCAGAUUCUGAGGCAGAAGAUUCUGGAAUUUCUGACUCCGCUGGUUCAGCAUUUUGGUGUACAGAUCAUGGCGUCUGUGGCAGCUGUGUGGAGCAGCAGGAGGAACCGUAAAAGACGCGCUAAAAACAUGAUCCUACCUAUUGCCAGUGAUUCUCAGUUGACUCUGGUGGAUUUGGUGAAGUCAGUCAGCACUCUGUCAACACACACAGUCUUACAGCUCAUCAGAGAGGUGGUGAAGAAACCACAUCAAAUUAAAGGAGAUCAGAAGUCAGCCCUGGUGGAUGUUCCCAUGCUACAGUUCAGCUAUGCCUACAUCCAGAGUCUGUCUGCUCAGGGUCUCCAGGAGAACAUGGUGUCUCUUCUCACUCUGUUGCGUGAAUCUGUGCAGCUGAACCUUGCUCCACCUGGACACUUCCUGCUGCUUGGAAUCCUGAAUGACAUGGUGAACAGACUUCCCAAUAUGGACAACAAGAGAGACACCAAGGAACUGCAGGAAGUGACCGUGCGUGUCCUGGAAGCAGUAGGGGUUGUGGCUGGAUCAUCUCUGGAACAGACCAGCUGGCUCAGUCGUAACCUGGAAGUGAAACCACAGCCUCAGAUCUCUUUACAGGAAGAGGAAGAGGACCCUGAGGACAAUGACCUCUAUGACUCUGUAGAUCAGGGUAAUGCAAUGGUGUCUUCCUCUGCUCCUUCUGUGUUCAGUGUCCAGGCUCUGACUCUGCUCGCUGAGGUCCUGGCUCCCCUGCUGGACAUGGUGUAUCGUAGUGAUGAGAAGGAGAAAGCUGUGCCUCUGAUCUCACGCAUCAUGUAUUAUGUUUUCCCCUAUCUCAAAAACCACAGCGGCUAUAAUAUGCGGAGUUUCUGUGCAUCUGCGCGCUUGUUAAGCAGUCUCAGUGGGUAUGCCUACACUAAACGCACCUGGAAAAAAGAGGUUAUGGAACUCUUCAUGGACCCACAGUUCUUCACCAUGGAGUCAAACUGCAUCUGCCACUGGAAGUCCAUCGUUGACCACCUUCUGACUCAUGAGAAGACUGUGUUCAAAGAUCUCAUGAGUAUGCAGAGCAGUUCUCUGAAGCUGUUUAACAGUGCUGAUCAGAAGCCAAUGUUACUGAAGCGACAGGCCUUUGCUGUGUUCAGUGGAGAGACAGACCAGUACCAUCUCUACCUGCCUCUCAUACAGGAGCGUCUGACGGAGAACCUGCGUGCGUGUCAGGCACCAUCCGUAGCUGCUCAGAUGUUCCUGAUGUUCCGUGUUCUCCUGUUGAGAAUCUCUCCGCACCACCUGACCUCCCUCUGGCCAAUCAUGGUCACUGAGCUGGUGCGUACUUUUACUCGGCUGGAAAAAGCCUUGCAGGACGACAAAGAGUCAUCGAAGAAGAAGGGCCGUGGUGGUCAUGAGAGAAAUGGUUUGCUGAUGUUCCCACAGGCUGAUUUAGACAUGUACCUAUCAGCGUGCAAGUUCCUGGACAUAGCUGUGUCCUUUCCCCCUGAGCGCAUGCCCCUCUUCCAGAUGUAUCGCUGGGCAUUUGUGCCUGAGGUGGAUGUGAACAGUUACAGUGGGCCAGAGAACACGUUCUUAGAGGGAGGAGAACAGGAGUGUAAACCUCACAUCGUCAAGGUGCUGGAGGGAUUGCGCCACCACUAUGGGGAGAUGAACGGGAUUGUGGGGGAAUCUACUUCAGACCGUGUGGAAUUUCCCUUGCUGACGCACCAUUCUCUCGCCUCCAUCACCCAGCUGGCUCCAUUCUUUCAAGUGCUCUGUUCCUCCUUUAAUGGAGGGGACCCACCAACUCAGUACCCACCCGUCAGUUCAGACAGGGUCCUGAGACGCCUGGAACAGGUCAUUGAAGAAGAGUUCCUGGAUGGCAUGGACAGUUAG